AUGCCAGGCCCCUCAAAUACCCUACUGAUUGAGGGUACCUUCUCCGAACUUGCUGAAGAACUCGCGCACUAUAUCGAUGCUCUAGCCAAAGCAGAGGAAGGCGCUGGCGUUCAAGCCGAGAUAGAACAACUUUUGGGUGCGAUCAGAGAAGUAGAACAGUCACCGGACUCCGCAGAUGAAGCGUCAAUACAAAAACAGAAAGACGAGGUGUUGAAAAAGGUGGUCACAAAAGCGACUGUCCUCAAUUCCGCGCCUGAAAGAGAGUUCACCGCAGCUUAUAACCUUUUGAUAAGCCUUUCAUCACAGUCCUCAAUUCGGGAUCAGAUCUUUGCGCGUAUAUGCCAAUAUCUGUCCGAACAUCCCAUUACCUCAUCCCCAACAUAUGGCAACUCCCUCGCCGUUCAGACUCUUACCACCAUCUUCAACGUCCUCCCUCUGACCAGCGAGUCGCGGUACCAUGUUUUCCUUGCAAUACUUAAAGUUCUCAAAUCCAUCAGUUCGCCUCAAUCCUUCGACGCCCUCAUCCCGCAACUCGAGUCCAAUAUCCCCAACUGGCUAUCCGCCUGGCAACUGGACGAGGAGGAUGCACGGGCUCUCUACCUAGCGGUUGCAGAAGUCGCCAGCACAACAGGCAAUGAGAAUCUUGCAUAUGUCUACAUGCUGAAGGCCCUCGAAGCGAUCCCGCCUGACUCAGUCUCCGAGCAUGAUGCUCUCGAACUUGCCAAGCGCACUCUACGGGCCGCUCUGAUAAACCCAAGCGUCACUGACUUUACACCUUUGACCGCCUCCGACGCCAUCCAAGCAGUUCGCAAAUCGGACAGCAAUCUGUUCGACCUGCUUGAGAUCUUCUCGUCCGACGACUACUCCUCAUAUAUUGAUUUCCUCGAAACCAACGAACUUUCUUCUCUAGGCAUCGAUGACUCCCAUGCCGAGGUGCUCAGCAACAAGAUCCGAUUGCUCACACUCGCAACCAUCGCUGCCUCGUCACAGACUCGCUCCGUCUCAUACUCGACCAUCGCUUCUGCCCUGCAGAUUCCCUCAGAGGACGUGGAGAUGUGGGUCAUCGACACGAUCCGCGCGGGUCUCGUUGAGGGAAAACUGUCGCAGCUGAAACAGGAGUUCCUGGUCCAGCGCGCCACGUAUCGAGUGUUCGGCGAAAAGCAGUGGGCUGAGAUCCAGGGCCGCCUGAACGUGUGGCGUCGCAGUCUCGAGUCAGUGUUGCAGGUUGUCAAGACUGAGCGUGAGCGUUUUGCGCGUGAAGGCCCUGGUGGCGGCCCAGAGAGCGGUGUGAAUGGGUUCGCCAACGAUGGUGAGGGAGGCGGUAGACAGCAUGGAGGUGGUGACAGACAACAGCGACGCCAGGGUGGAGGUCGAGGCGGACGUGGAGGUCAACACCGCGAGCCCCGUGAGCCUCGUGAGCAUCAUCACCAGGGGCCUCGUGAGGUCGAUGCAGUUGGUGGUGGAGAUUAG